AUGGCGCCAAGGGUGGGCCCGGCAGCUUUGCGGGUGGAAAGCAGCACCGUGGAAUCCGCGGGCCUAGGGCUCUUCGCAGCGGAGGAGCUGCCGGAGUAUGUGGUCAUUGGGGAGUACAGCGGGGAGGUGAAGGACUAUGCUCGCUUCGGCGAGAAGGUGGCUCGUCUGGGUCACAACGAGCUGCAUCCUUUCUACCUGAAGCCUGGCUUGCUGGCACCUCCGCGAAUCCAAACCAAUUUCCGUGGGCGGAUUGCCCAUGGCAUCAUGGAGCCCAAGCGGCGGCGCCUGGAGCCUGACAAGGCCUCCUGGCUGUCGCUGCUCAAGGUCCGACUGCCGCACCGAGACCUGGUUUUGGCCACGGACUGCGGGGGCGGCGUCGGCCCGGCGAGCGCCCUGCGGGACCUCGGGGUGCCGAUCCGCCACAUCUUCGCCUGCGAGUCCGAGGAGUCCAGUCAGCAGCUAUUGGCCGCUCAGCAGUCUCGGCCGGAGCGGCUCUUCGGGAGCAUGAUCGGCAGAGACCGAGGCUGCUUUUGCCUGGUUUCUGGCCGCUGGAUGCCCAUGCCGACGACACAACCUGACAUCUACAUUUCAAAUGCCGGGACUCAUGGGCCAAACCCGGACCGAUUCUUCGCAGCGGUGAAGUACAUCAUGGAGUUCCGGCCCCGGCUGGUGAUUCUGGAAGAUCUUGUGGCUGCUUGCAGAGAGGACCCGCAGGGGAACCUGCCCGCGGACGCCGUGCUGGCGCUGCUGGAGCAGGUCGGGGGCUACGAGGUGGACCUCUUCCAUGUCUUCGCCUCUCAUUUCGGGCUUCCACAGCGACGGCAGCGGCUGUAUUAUGUCAUGGUCAGCCGCGAGCAUUUGAAGAGCGAGAAGGUGCCGGAUCAAAUCCGCCAAGCACUUGAGCGGCUCAAGCUACAUGCCUUCAGCACCACAGAUGCGGAAGAGCUGUUGGAGGCAGCGCUGGAUCCGGGAGAUGUCAGGAUAGUCUGCCAACUUCCCCAUGUGACGGAGCGUGGCGUGGACUCCUUGCUGUCCAUGAGCUCUGACGCCAGCUACCUGCACCGCCGUCUGCGACAUGAGCUCCACCUGGGCGAGGACGCCGCCUACUUCGCACUCGCUGGGAACCACCUCGCCAGGUGGCUUCGCAGCUACCGCGAAGCAGACCUCUGCCAGAUCCACUGGCUCUGGGCCCAGCGUCAGAACAGAGAGAUCCGCUUCGUGUCCAUUUCGCAGGACGUGCACCGCGCCUCCCUGAGCUUUACUGGGGAGGUGCCGACACUGGCGGCCAACACCCGGCUCUGGUCCUACAGGCUGCAGCGUGUGCUAAGCAGCCGCGAGAUGCUCACCCUGCAAGGCUUCAAGCCGGCGCAGUGGAACCUGGAGUCCCUGUCCGAAGCCUCCCUGAGCCGAGUCGCCGGCAGCGCCAUGACGGUGCACAUGAUCGCGGCGCUGCUGGCGGCGGCGCUGAGCGCGGUGCGGCUGGAGGAGCCGAGCUGCAGCCAGCGGCGGCGCAGCGUGAGCCUGGCCGAGCUGCGAAGCAGGUACUCGGCCAUUUGCCAGCGCCUGCAUGGCGUGCGUCGCCAUGCGAAGCUUGGGGCGUGAGAA